ACACACGUAACCUUUCUAUCCAUUCCAGCUGGAGCCUGCUCUCGGAGUCUCCUCGCUCGGGCCUAGCAGUCCUGGACGUGGGGAUCCCGACAGGCUACAUGAUCCAGCAGCAGCGGCUGGACGCCUACGUGCUGUCGCGGCGCGUGCGCACGCUGCAGCGCGCCAAGUACACGCCCUCCAAGCUCACCUUCUACUUCCACUACCUGGACCACGAGCCGACGUGCGUAAACUACACUAUCGAGCGCUGGUACCCGGUGGCCAACAUGUCCAGAUAUCUACCCGUGCGGGUCUACGACUAUUACGCGCCUGAGCGGUACAACGAGUCGAUAUUCGAUGCGCUGCCGACGUACCUACUUAACAUCUGCGAGGUGUGCGGCUCCUCACAGUGCCCCUACUGCGCCAUCUACAACGCGGCGGCGCGCGCCUCGUCCGCUGUCCUACUAGCAUCCACCGCCGUCGUCGCCUGCCUCGUAACGAGAGCGUUGGCCGCGCCCUAGCACACAAACAGAACUCGACAACAGCGGGGCUACUCCCAAAAACGUUAUCCAAUUUCGAAUGCUGCCUUCCCUCGCACGUGAUGAAAUGCCAGCAUGAGCGACAGUGACAGAUAGAUCUGAAACUACGUAAACAGCGAUGGAGUAGCCCUGCAAAUGUAAUACGACCGAAACUUUUAAUGCUAAACGGAACAUACUCCACCUGCGGUCCGGUAUGAAUACAGGUUUUCUGUUGACAGUUUUACACCUAAGUAAUUUUAUAGAUGGCUCGAGCUAAAACCUGUGUAGACCUAUUAAAUGUCACUGCUUUAAAAAGCAUCAAAACUACUGUGUACAUCCUCUGGUAUUGUUGUCAGAAGCGGUAAGUGUAACCAAUUAUAACAACUGCCGUUAAUGAUUGCCACACCAUAGCCGGUGGUUUUAAGGUUCAGCCAAACACCAACGCGAUAACACGCGAUCAGCCGACUAAUCGCGUUGGUAUGGCUGAACCCUUAGUAAACACCACGCUUAUUCGACAUCACCUUACUAAACCUUGCGGUAAACAAUAUAAUAUGUAAUCAUGUCUAGUUUCAUUUCGCGAAGGCGAGUGGGCUCUACGCAUGUUUUAAGAGUAUGCUGAUAUGAGAUGAUCGAUCUUAAAAAUGGCAGCCCAAAAUAUUUCGCGUAAACUGUAUGUCACGCGCAACUAGAUUGGAAAAUUGAUAUUUUUACAAAUUCUUGAAGAACUUGAAGAAAUUAGAUAAUAUUAACGCGUACAAUACUAUCGAUUGUAUUCGUAACCAGUGAUACUAAAAUCUGCAUAAAAUUCUUAUUAGAAAUUAAGGACUAAUCGUGAAAACUGUGUGACAAUUUGUUAUUUACCUAAUUAUCUGCGAUAAAUUAUUAUUUGUGUUUCAUUGGAACUUUCCAAAUUAUUUUUAAUUUUAGUAUUUCACGCCACAUCUGGCCUAAAUGUAUUAAUAUUUAGUAUGUUGGUAUAUUGUAAUAAUAUUUCUGUUAUUAACCACCGUUUAAGAUUUAGUUUAUUGAAUCAAAAUUGCUAAAAACUUCCAUGUGUAGCAUUUAAUAUUGUUGUAAUAGUAAAUAUAUUUUUGUUGUGCUGGACAUUAACAAUACUUGCUGUAUGUAGUGAAUGCUUGUUACCAGUUGCAGCUCUGAAGUAAUCUCAUUGCAAUUAAAGAAUCUUAUUUUCUUCUCUGUUAUCUACCUUUUCUGCUGUAUCAGGUGAUUAUUCCUUAUUCCAUUCCAAACUAGUAGUAGUGUUAGAUGUUAAGUAGUGUUCAGUCUAGAUUUAUUUUCCAUUUUGUUUUGUACAAAACCUGAUACUUCUAUCAAGUAUUCUAUAGAUUCUUCUGUGAAAUUUACCCUAAAAUUAUGUACCAUUUACAAACAAAACUUCCAUCUUUUGCAUAGUCGGUGCUCUGAACAUUUCAGCUUGCUUAUCCACAUAAUAAUAAUCGGCAGCUACAUAUCAAUAUUUGAAAUCUAAAUUUUAAUCAUUUAAUGUAAAAGCAUUUGAUGCAGACAAAAGAAAUUACAUGAAGUUAUACCCAUGAUGCAAUAAAUCAGUUGAAAGUAGUCAAUAUUUUUUAUGUAAAUAUUUUGGAUAUUGAGUAAAGAUAGUGUAAGUGAAACUUAAUUAUGAAAUGUGAAUUAUAUUUUUAGUAAAAUGACAAAAAAUCAUACCAAAAUUAAAUAUCACAAAAUAUCAAAUGCCUUACUAGCAUAACAAUGGAAUUGAGUAUGAUUAUAUUCUAAAAUUUAAAAUAGUGGAAUCAAAACAUAUUUCACAAGAUUUAUUUAAGUAGUGUAUAAGAAAUGUAUUUUAUUUUGUAUCAAUUGAUAUUUAUUACUUUAUCAUUUUUGCAUGCAGUGCUACGAGGAAUGAUAUUUGACAAUAUAUUUUUAUCAUUAUAUUAAAUGGCUGAAUGUACCAUUAUGUACAAAUGUGCCCGUCCAAAAUUCAAUAACUUAUCAUGAUAGAAUUAAAGAAGUCUAUAAACUUGGAGAGAUAGUAUUUUAAGGUCAUAGAUGUGUAAAAAACAUGUUACUUAAGUAGUUUCCGUCCAAAAUUACCCAUGACUGAUUUCUUUUUUACUUUUGUAUGUAUUUGAGUGUAAUAUUUUUUCUUAAGUUGUUACACAAACCAAGUUAAUGUAAUUUUGGUGAAAUCUCAUUAUUGACAUUUACAUAGAUUUAUUUCUAAAUAAAAAACUUAAAAGUA